AGACUAUUGCAAUCUGAUUCAACAUCCGUCAUGGACUUCAGGAGGACGCAUCAAGCUUUCCGGGAACAGUGGGAGAAGACGGAUGACAAAAUUUGCAAAAACAGCAUGUCUUUAAAUCUGCACAAUACGCUCAGGCAAGAUUUUUUCGCCAGCUACCUUUACCUGCUGGAGCAGAUACCUUUGGUGAAACUAUAUGCCGUGACCUGUGAGUACAUCAUGGGAGAGAAGCAGUUCUACUACAGGGCCCAGAAUUUUUACAAAGAUGUUCCAGCUUCUGAGGAGGGUAUGAUGGGAGGUUUUAUGGAGAUCUCCGAGGUGGACCUGGAGGGCUCCAGGCAGUUCCUGAAGAAGUUUGUUGGACCAGGGCAGACCGGUACCAAGCGGGCACUUGAUUGUGGCUGUGGGAUUGGCCGGGUGUCGAAAGGGGUUCUGUUUCCUGUAUUUGAAACCAUGGAGAUGCUGGACAUGAUGGAGGAGUUCAUUCUCCAUGCCCAUGAGUGUUAUUUGGGUGACGACGCUGACCGUGUGGAGACCUACUACCUUGACAACCUGCAGGAUUUCAUCCCUCCGCUCGAUAGAUACGAUGUCAUCUGGAUGCAGUGGGUAGCUUGUCACCUGACAGAUAAAGAUCUGCUUGCGUUCUUGAUGAGAGCAAAGGAGAGCCUAAGGCCCAAUGGGAUCAUCAUUAUAAAGGAUAACAUGGCACGGCAGGGCUGUCGGCUGGACCCUGUUGACAGCAGCCUCAUCCGCCAUCUGGACAUUAUGAAGAGCAUUAUCCAGAAAGCUGGCCUCACCAUCCUGGACAUGCAGAAGCAGGAGGGCUUCCCUGACAUCAUUGUUCCUGUGUGGAUGAUUGCCAUGAAGUGA